AUGGCUAGUCUUAACACAGUUUUACAAUAUUUACAUCGUGCUAUUCCAAUACCAAUUAUCAUUUUUGGAACAUUUGGUAAUACAUUUAAUAUACUUAUAUUUACACGAGUAACUCUUCGCCGAUAUUCUUGUUCAAUAUAUCUGCUUACAUCAUCUGUGAGUAAUUUUGUUGUUCUAUAUUGUGCAGUAUUAUUUCGCGUUUUAAUCGAUGGUUUUGAAAUUGAUCCAACAAUCGUAUCAAAUUCUGUGUGUAAAUUAGUAUCAUACAUUCAAUACACAUUCCCUCUAAUAUCAUCAAUGUUUAUGGUCCUCGCUUGUAUUGAUAGAUUUGCUGCAUCAUCAUCUCAAGCUCGAUGGAGAAAGUUUAGUCAGAAAAAAGUAACUCUGUACACAAUACCUUUAAAUAUUAUAAUUUGUUUUAUAUUCUAUAUUCAUGUUCCCAUUUAUUUCGAAGUAAUUCGUAUACCAAUUAGUGAAACUGAUUUUAUGGAAUUUUGCUACUGUCAAGGUGAAUACAAUCAAUUUUUUAUUGUCUACCAUAUGAUUCUUUACUCGAGUUUUCAGCCUUUACUUAUGACCGUGUUUGGCCUUCUUACAUUGAGAAAUGUUCAACGUCAUCGUCGACAAAUCAAUUCAUCUCUUACUCCUUCAACGAGGAUUGAACGCCGUCAUCUCCAACGUGAUAGACAAAUGAUUCGUUUAUUACUCUUUCAAGUGCUCGUUCAUGUUAUUCUCUUAAUACCUGGAUCAAUUAUAAUUUCUUAUCAGACAUUUAUACCACCUUCACCUAUCAUAAGUUUUAUAACAGGAUGUUCAAUAUUUUUUAUUUAUUUAAGUUUUAUUCAAGGAUUUUAUGUAAACACACUCUCGGCUAAAACAUAUCGUUCAGAAUUUUAUAAAAUAUUAAGUUUAAUUGAAAGACGUCUAUUUAACAGUAAUAUAAUUGAGCGCCAGUUGAUGGAAGGAGGAGGAUUAAUGCAAGAAACGACAAGAGUAACGCGACGAGCAAAAAAAAAUGAACGAUGGUAA